ACCCCAGCUCUAGCUCUCUCUGGGUACAUCUAAAAAGAUACAGCUGCCAAGAAAGUGGAAGGGAGUGAACCAGAAGAUUAAGCACCCUGCUGUGGGAAGCUUGGCAAACAUGAAGAUGGUCUGGGCGCUGCUGCUGCUGCUGCUGAGCACCCUCCCGGGUAGCCCCGCGGUGCCUUCCCAGCGCCCUUCCUGCUACAAGAGGCCCCUCAAGGAGCACGGCUGCCACAGCAUCCCUGCAGGCUGGGACAGCCUCCGGCACGUCGAUGAUGCUCUGCCAGAUCACUUCUGGGAAGGGAAGGGCUGUGAGGUGAUCUGUUACUGCAACUGGAAUGAAUUGCUCUGCUGCCCAAAGGAUAUUUUCUUUGGACCAAAGAUAUCUUUUGUGAUCCCCUGCAACAGUCAAUGAUCCAAGUCUGCAAGUGAA